AAGGACAGCAGCCUUAGCAUAUACACAGACGGUAGCGGCAUCGAAGGCGAGAUAGGCUCUGCAGCACUGUGUCCGCUCACACAACAGACACGAUCUGUACACAUGGUCCUAGACACUGCGUCAACAGUAUACGCAGCAGAGCUGCAAGGUAUCAGCUUAGCACUGCAGAUCGCACAAGAAUAUGCAGGCCGGAACGGGGCGCGACAAGACGUCGCUAUAUACACAGACAAC